AUGAAACAAUAAGCUUUGUUUAUUACAUUAGCCAUCUUCGUCUGCUUUGCCGCAGCCUAAGAAUUCGAAGUUAAGGAAGGUCUUUUAAAUAAUAUCCUCCCCUUACACGACGACUACGUCUUAUCUCUUGCUAGAUUAUACAGACCUCAUUUAAAUGUUGAACAUUUAGAAUUCUAACACUUCAAGGAAUCUGUUAGAAGAGUUAGAGAACACAACAAAAAGGUAAAUGCUACCUAUACUUUAUCUAUCGAUUCACCUUUUGCUUUCAUGUCCGAUGAAUAAUUCGUUACUGAAUAUCUUGGUUCUUAAGAUUGCUCUGCUACUGCUGAACUCACCCUUAAGAAGCCUAUGAAGAUCCAAAAUAAGAAGAACGUUUAAGUCCCUGAAAGCAUUAACUGGAAAGACCUUAACAAGGUUAGCCCUGUCAAGGAUCAACAAAAUUGCGGUUCUUGCUGGACCUUCUCCACUACCGGAGCUAUUGAAUCUCACUAUGCCAUUUUUGAAGACGUCGAACCUACUUCUCUCUCUGAAUAACAAUUGAUUGACUGCGCUGGUGCUUUUAAUAACAAUGGUUGCAGUGGUGGUUUACCCUCUUAAGCUUUCGAAUAUAUCAAAUACAAUGGUGGUAUUUCUUAUGAAAACUCAUAUUACUAUAUUGCUCAAGAUCAAGAAUGUUAAUUCAGCCCUGAAACUGUUGGUGCUAGAGUUAGGGGUGGUUCUUUCAACAUUACUUAAGGUGAUGAAGAUUAAUUGAAGCAAGCUGUUGGUACCGUUGGUCCUGUAUCUAUUGCUUUCUAGGUUAUGGGUGAUUUCAAGCUUUACAAGUCUGGUGUCUACUCCAAUCCUGACUGUUCAAGCUCUCCUCAAACUGUUAACCACGCUGUCUUAGCUGUCGGAUACGGUUCUGAAAAUGGUGUUGAUUACUGGUACGUUAAAAACUCUUGGAGUGAAUUCUGGGGUGACGAAGGUUACUUCAAGAUCCAAAGAGGUGUUAACAUGUGUGGUGUCGCCACUUGUGCUUCUUAUCCUCUUCUUGAAGAAUAAACCGAAGUUUCUGCUGAAUCCUUCUGA